AUGGCUCGCUCACUGCCUCUCGAGGCCCUCCUGCAUAUCUUUUCUUUUCUCACAGAUGACCUAGUCUCUUGCGCUGUCGUCUGUCGAGAGUGGCAAGUAGCCGCUGAGAGAACCACCUUCUCUACUCUGCUCGCCAACUCCUCGAACCUUGAAGAUCUCCGUCGCAUUGUCGGACGCACCAGCACUCCAUGGCGACCCUUUUUCGUUCGGAAGCUAGAUUUCAAGUGUAUCUUACCGGCGUACGGCGUCCAAGCCCGGGGUCGCUUUGAGGAUGAGAACGAUCGCAGUUCAAACGACAAGGCGUUUACGCAAGCCGUCACAUCGCUUUUCAAGGUCUUAAGCUCAUGGUCCGACGACGACCGAUGUAAACUUGAACUUGUGAUUUACGCCCGCUCGCCAGGUGAUGUUGAAUCUGAGCCCGACUGGGCUAAACGGAAAAUCCGAAUGCAGAAGAACCAAGCUUUUCCAGACGAAGACCUGUUAUGGGCCCGCUAUGGAUCUUCAUAUCUGCAGCUGACCGAGGAGGCACAUUUGUCGAGUGCCAAAUGCGUCGUUGAGCUCCAAGUACGUGGUUCUUUUCCCUACCGGGGAUUCUCGCCACGAAGUGUAUCCGAGAUCGUAUGCCGGCUCCCACGACUGCGGGUAUUGUCCGCCAAUCUUAGCGACAACGAGCGAAGGAACCCCACGAUGCGAGAUCAUCUUCGCAAUGAGUUCUCACAAGGCGUCGCCAACUGGCCUCCCUCUCUCAGAACUUUGUGGUUGAAUUAUCAAGGAGACCCUGCAUGGGAUGAAAGCUUUCCCUUAAGGAAAAGAACGAAUCCAGGCACGGAUCCAUUGUGCCUUGCACUUCAUCGCCUAACGCAACAGCUCGAGAUUGUCGACUUGACACCAAUCAUGAUCGGUCCUGAGCUCUUUUGGCCAGCAAGUGCCAACAAAAAUAUUCCAUACUGGCCAAACCUUACCAAAAUUAAUGUGCGAUAUGCAUCUGCCACCCCUUCCGGCACAUGGCUCUUUGAGAGGGAUCCAAGAUGGAGGGAUGUGUCACCUGGUCGCUACCAUACGCCCACCUGGAACGAAGGGGAUCCUCCAGGUGAAAAGAAUAUCAAUCAAUUUCGCACGAUGCCUAAUAGGGAGCUCAACGAGCUUUAUCUUGCUGCCGGACGUGCCGCUCAGCAGAUGCCUAGGUUACGAACUAUGGUACUCUGGGCUAACAUAGGAUGUUCGGGGGAUGGACUCGAAGAGGUAAUCAAUGCAAACCCCGAGCACUGGUUUCAAUACACCUCAAGCUCGGCUAGAGCGACUUGGGUUUGCACCUCGGAGUUUCACGUCGCACCUGAGGUCCGAGAGGUGUGGGAUGCCGUGGCCAAAAGCCAUGGUCAAAGUCAUAUAACUAUCGAGGUAUGUAUUUUCCGUUGA